UCGACUCCAAAUUGUCCAUAGGUAUGAAUGUGAGUGUGAAUGGUUGUUUGUCUAUAUGUGCCCUGUGAUUGGCUGGCCACCCUCUCGCCCAAAGACAGCUGGGAUAGGCUCCAGCACCCCCCUCCCCCGCCCAACACCCUUGUGAGGAAAAAGCGGUGGAAAAUGAAUGAAUUAAUGAAUAAAGAAGGAUUUUUUUUAUCAACCAAUGACAGCUCUUAGAAGACGAGCAACGGGGCAACUACACCUCCUUACAAAGAUACAAAUUCUAAUCAGAGUCCUAAUCAGAAAAUUCAGUAAUCACUCUUCAAGAUAAGAUUAUUAGGCUUAGAAUUAUUAGGCUAAGUUGGGAGCAUUCUGCAUACAGGCACAGGCACAUUACAGGGCAGCUCGGGGUCCUUCGUAGGAUCACAGAGCCAUCCGGGGUUUUGUUGCUAACCAGUUCGCCUGUGUUGGUCUGCUAAUGGUGAUAAAAGGUUGGUUAGGUUUCAUUCUUACUCUCUGGUGUUCAAGCUUUACAUGAGUUGGUUAGCACUAACCAUGGAAAUCAUGAAAUACUUUUUUUAUGUAAUCCAAUAUCCGUCGUAUGGAGAUCAACGGCACGUGUCGGUUUUGGAUGGAAGCUAGCAUGACAAGCUAGAUUUCAAUUCUCGUGUGUUUACGUUAACUCAUAUUUGUCUUUUUUUUUUGCUGUUGUUGUAUUGUUUAAUUCGUACAUUGUUACAUGCAGGGGCGUAUUUAGUCCAUGGUGGGCCUGAGGCAAACAAAGGAAUUGGGGCUUGGGGCCCGGCCACAUCCUUUGUCCUGCACUAACUAAAGUUUAUUUUCACCUCAACACAAGGGCCGGUAUUCCCAGAGCAUCCUAAAAAGACUAAAAUUAGCACUUAGUGGCGUCAUUCUAAGAAAAAUCUUAUAAUUCCUUAGAUUCUAAGAUGUUUCUUUGCAUUGUUUACGUGCUACAAAGCGGCUUCGGCCUAAAGAGAGCUCUAAGGCGGCCAAAUGUUAGAGUCGGCGCCGAAGAAUGGCACUAACAGACAAGAUGGCGGAAAGACGAUAAACAGAUAAGAAGACAAUAUCAUGUUCUUUUACAGAAUGCGGAAGUGACGUCACACCAGAACCCCUGUUUGUCAGCCAAAGGCUUCGCAACCUGUAGUGGCGGUGAAUGGUGAAUGUUCACCUCAUAACAGCUGGAAGACACGCAGAGGGCUGCUGCCACCCUCAAGGACUGUUACGAUUCGGAAUCGGCGAAGACGUCCCUCUAAAGACGUCAGUGAAGAGCAUCUUCCCCCUGAGCAGCACUCCAGGAUGGAACACAUUAAAAAGGAAGAGGAAGAUGUGGAUCCACAACCCCUCACCAUUAAAGAGGAAGAGGUGUUACAGCACCCCCACAUUAAACAGGAAGAGCCACAAUAUCACAAUAUUAAGGAGGACGAAGAGUGGCCACAGCCCCUCGACAUUAAACAGGAAGAGACACUGCACCUCUGCAUUAUAGAGGAUGAAGACGUGCCACAGCCCCCCUACAUUAAAGAGGAAGAGGGAGAGCCACAGUCCCCCCACAUUAAGCAGGAAGAGCCGCAGCACCACCGCAUCAUAGAGGACGAAGACGUGCCACAGCCCCCCUACAUUAAAGAGGAAGAGGGGGAGCCACACUCCCCCCACAUUAAGCAGGAAGAGCCACAGCACCAGUGCAUCAUAGCAGGCGAGGACGAGGACGAGCCAGAGCCCCCCUACAUCAAAGAGGAAGAGGAGGAUCACAGCAUCAGUCAGGAGCCGUCACAUUUGAUAGAACACACAGUAGAGAAACCUUUUCCUUGCACGCUGUGUGGUAAAAGGUUCUCUCGGCGGACCAAUUUGAACACGCAUACAAAAAUACACACUGGAGAGAAACCUUUUCCUUGCUUGUUUUGCGGUAAAAGAUUCUCUCAGCGAGUACAUUUGAAAGAACACACCAUAAUACAUACUGGAGAGAAACCUUUUCCUUGCACAGUGUGUGGGAAGAGAUUUAAUCGAAAAGGUGAUUUAAAAAUACACACACGAGUGCACACUGGAGAGAAACCGUUUCCUUGCACAGAGUGCGGGAAAAGAUUCUCUCAUCAGUCGCAUUUGAAGGAACACACAAGAAUGCACACUGGAGAGAAACCUUUUCCUUGCACGGUGUGUUGGAAAACAUUUUCUCAGCGGAUCCAUUUGAAAGAACACGCAAUAAUACACACAGGAGAGAAACCUUUUCCUUGCACAGUGUGUGGGAAAAGAUUCAAUCGGAAAAAUGAUCUAAAAAUACACUCAACGACACACAGUGGAGAGAAACCUUUUCCCUGCACGGUGUGUGGGAAAAGUUUCUCUAGGAACAUAUAUUUAAUAAGACACACAAGAACGCACACUGGAGAGAAACCCUUUCCCUGCACUGUGUGCGGGAAAGGCUUUAGUCGAAAAAGUGACUUAAAAUUACACUCCAUGAUGCACACCGGAGAGAAACCUUUUCCCUGCACGGUGUGUGGUAAAAGUUUCUCCCGGAAAUUAUCUUUAAUCAAACACACAAGAACACACACCGGAGAGAAACCUUUUUCCUGCACGGUGUGCGGGAGAGGAUUUAGUCGAAAAAGUCAUUUGAAAUUACACUCCAUAAUGCACACCGGAGAGAAACCUUUUACCUGCACGCUGUGUGGGAAACAUUUCCCUCGGAAGAUGUCUUUAACGAGACACACAAGAAUACACACGAGAGAAAAAAAUGUUUCUUGUUUAAUGUGCGGUCAGCAAUUCACAAAUAAUCCAAGCUUGACUAAACACAUCGUAAGAAAACACAGCGGGGAGUAACUUUUUGAAAGGAUGCAUCCAGUUGGAUUUCGGACAAACAAGUUUGUAUCAUGGUAAGCCUAAUGGUAAGAGAGUGAGUAUUAUCUCACUAUAUGUUUAUUGUUUAUACAAGAAACAUACAUUAGGUUAAUAUGUAUAUAGUACAUUGUUUAUCCACUCUGUGUAAGUAUUGGCUAUUUACUGCUUUUAUCUUUCUGCUCCUGUAACAAUGAAAUGUGUGGGUUAAAUAAAGUACAAUGUAAUGUAA